AUGCAGACAAGGGAGAACUGCGAAGAAGAAAAAGCAAUGCAACUCAGCAGGCAGCACAAUGAGACACCCAUCCUCCUCUUCAUCUUCUUAUUACUUGCAGUCCUGUCCUUCGCUCCCACUCAUGCCAACGAUAUAGAAGAAAAAGACCCAUCCAAGACCGAUCCACCGGGUGUGACGUCGCCGCCUGCGCCUUGCGGUGGUGCUGCUGCUGGUGGUGGUGGUGCCCAGAGUGGCAACACUGGCUCCGGCCAUGUUUCCGGUCCGGGCGGCAGCGGGGACUACAGUUGGGGAUGGGGCUCACGCCCUGGAAGCAGUUGGGGGUUCGGUUCGGGCUCCGGCCAGACUCCGAGCGGCGAUGGGAAGGGCUUCGGAUUCGGCUUCGGGUACGGGACUGGAUCAGGACCAUCGGCUGGUUAUGGGUUUGGCACCGGUGGAGGCGGUGAUCAUGGAGACGGCGGAGGAGCUUACGGGUUUGGUGGGGGACAUAGCGGCCCAGGCGGCAGCGGCGGCGACGGUGGUGGUGGAGCCACCGGAGGAUAUGGGUUUGGAGGCAGAUAUGGCAGUCCCGGGGGUGGCGGCUUCGGCGGCGGUUGGAGCCCCCGGAAUGGAUGGUUCCCGUGGCAUGGUGGCGAUGACUGA